AAACAAAGUGUUAUUAUUAGGGUUUGGAAUUGGGAUUGAAGAUGUGGCACGAAGCUCGAAGGUCGGAGAAGAAAGUGCACGAUAUGAUGGAUGCUGCUCGUAAGAGAGCUCAGAGACGCGCUAUCUUCCUGGCUAAACGACGUGGCGAUCCUCAACAAUCCAUUCAAGCUAUCGGCUCUCGUUCUCGUAUUUAUCGCGACGACGCUCUUUAUCACGCCACCCAGGAUCACCAAGGCCUGAUACCUUGGAAUGGCAAACACGACAUAUUGAUUGACAGAUUUGAUGGGCGUGCUCUUCUUGAUUUUAUUCGAGAUACUAGUUCCCGACAUCGUAGGGCCCCACAAAGAACAGACGAAGAGGAAGAACUAGAAGAGUUUGUUAAUUUUCAGCGUUAUCGGGAUUUAAUUAAGCAUCGGCGUAGAGGAUUUAAGGACGAAGAGGGUAUGGAGCAUGUUAAUCAGGAGAUGGAGGCUAAGACCACUGCACUUCUUGGCUCUGACAGACCUCAACUUUCUCAGCCUUCAGCGAGCAAGGGCUCGUAUUCACAAGUGGGUUUUUCGUACGACGGAGAGGGAAAAGACGAAGCUCACUUUUCAGAUGGCGAAGAAGAUGGUGAUGAUGACGAGGAUGAUGAUGAGGAAGAAGAUUUUAACAGUGAUGAUAGCAACGAUGAAGUGAUGGAGUCAAUUGCCAAAGAUUAUGGAGUGAAAAGGUAUGGGUGGCUUGUCUACAUGGACAAAAAGGCUAAGGAGGAAGAAAGGAGGCAAAGAGAAGUAAUCAAGGGAGAUCCUGCAAUAAGGAAGCUUAGUCGCAAAGAGAGAAGAAAGGCUUCUCAAUUAGAAAGGGAGAGGGAAAGAGAAGCAGCCCGUGUUACUGGGAGUAGGGUUCUCCAUCAUGAUCCCUAUCGUGAGUCUCGACGAAGUCCGACAUACGAAGCUUAUUCACGUUCCAGAAGAUCCAGGUCAAGGUCUCUGUCAUACUCGCCUCCCCAUUCAAGGCGCUACGAACGUGGAGGAAAAUCUGAUGAUAUUUACCAAGGCAAGGAGAGAACUCCGAAGAUAGAGUAUAUUACUGAAUUUGGUGGCGCAGCUGAUGAAAAUGAGCCUAAAAUUGAGGGAUAUUCUCCACCACCGUCUCCUGCGUCUCGAACUGAUCCAUUGAACCGGCCAUCAACUGGUCGUAUUCUUGAGGCCCUCCAUGUAGAUCCUGCAUCUGGGGUAUCUAUUGAUAAGGAUAAGGGUGGCCAAAUGUUGAAAACACCGACAAGUGCAUCCUCAGCACUAUCAAAGUUAAACAAGACAACUAGUAGCUCAAGCCUCUCUAAACAGCAGCAGGGUGAAAAGAAGGAAACACCUCAGGAGCGACUUAAGAGGAUUAUGAGCAAACAAUUGAACAAACAAAUCAAGAAAGAUACAGCUAUUGAAAUUGCCAAGAAAAGAGAACAAGAGAAACAGAGGCUUGAAAAGCUAGCAGAGACAAGCCGAGUAAGUCGGUAUCGCCGCCGAAGCCGUAGUAGAAGUUACAGCCGUUCCCCUCGAAGGCAUCGACGUAGCCGGAGCCCAAGCAGAGAAAGGAGUUCUCGUAGAUAUCGUUCACGUUCAAGGUCUCACUCACGGUCGCGCACUCGGUCUCACUCUCAUUCACAUUCGCCUUCGCGUUCUCACUCUAGUUCACACUCUCUUUCUCGUUCCAUUUCCCGGUCUCGUUCACCUCGCAGGAGGCGAUCGAGAUACUGAUACUUCAGGCAUGACUGGAUGCAUAAACCUGAUCAAGGUGAACGAGUGUUAAACUGUGUGCGGUAUAUGGUACUGCUGUAUUGUUACAACUAAAAAAAUAUGACUGCUGUAUUGUUACUGCUAAACUCAUGCUGAAGCAGAAUUUGGGUUGAUGGUGUGAUGUUUUAUUCCUGUGUUGUGUUUAUUUGUUUUUGGUUUCUUCUAAACUUUUAGAGGAUAUUUAGCGUGAUAAUUAAAUUAUUUGAGCUCCUUUAGGAUAAUGUAUCAAUACCAGAACUUGUGCCUGUUA